CUGAUUUUGUCCGUGCUUUUAUUUUUGUCCCCAAACAAUAUGUCAAUCCAUUCUUCCCAUUCCAAAACUCCCUGUUCUGAUAAGAGUGACAGUGUAAGUACAUCAAAGAGAUGUUCACCAGAAAGUAUUUAUAAUCUCAUUCCCAGAGAAGAGGUAAAAAUUGAGAAACCACCAAGAUACAUCUCAAAGUUUAGGAAGCAAGUGAAGCAGGAAGUUCAGUUAAAUAAAGGUACAAACAAGACCAUGGGCCCAGCUAAGGUGGAAGUACCUUCCCCGAAAAGGUUUUUGCUCAAGAGUUCUGAGCCAAAACUCACUGAAAAGAAGCCUUUUGCUUACAUGGCUUGUGGUAAACAGAGAAAGCCACCUGUACCUCCCAAAAGUGAGAACCCACUGAAGAGCAUUCAGAGAAGGAAAAAGGACUUCAUCAAGACCAAUGCCAUCGAAAACAUCAGGGCGAUGCCAAGGAAGCCACAACCCAUCUAUGCUGACACCAGAAACGGAGACAAACACCCCCUAGAAUCCUCAGGCCUUGUUCCAAAAUACGUGAAGAAAAAGAGCUAUGGGCAGACCCCUGAGUAUCUCCAGCAGCGCAAAGAGGAGGCAAGGCGGGCCCAGGAGGAGUAUGAGAACUACAUCAAAAAGCACCUGCAGCAGAAAGCCAUGAAGCACCUGUCUGAGGAGGAGCGUGAAACAGUUCUGCGGGGACUCAAGACGAACUGGCGAGAACUGCACCACCAGUACCAAGGUCUGCCCUUCGUCACGGAUACGCUCCGCAAGAAGCGCCGGAAGGAGAUGCUCGAGCUGGACAUGAAGCAGCUGGAGAAAGACAUCGAUCUCAUCGAACGGCACAAAUUAAUAUACAUCACAAGCGACUGAAA